AGGUACUUAUUUGGGACUAUUUCAAUAAACUGCGAACUCAAGGCUGAGUAACUCAAACCAAACUUUGGAGGAGGCAAACUUGCAGAUGGAUCAAGAAAUUCUUCUUGAGGUGCAAGAUGUAAAUAAUGCUUCUCCAUUCGGCAAGGAUUCAACAAGAAAUGAGUUGGCUUUGGUAUCUAUAAAACCAUCCAGGUCUUCAGUUCCAAUUGCUGGGGGUCCUACAAUGUCAAAUGGCCAUUCAACUGGAUAUAGCUCUAAUUUAUAUCAGGGAAAUGCUGUAAGUUCGUCAUUCUCGGAUAUUGAUGAUGGAUAUGAUGUUUACAAGUCAACAAAAGGAGAGCUGUUGAGGAAAUUAUGGUCCUCAAGGCAAACUACAAUUGCACCACGUGUUUUCAAGGGAAAAUUAGCUCGAUUUGCUCCCCAGUUUAGUGGCUAUAACCAGCAUGAUUCUCAAGUUAGUAUUGUAUAUUGAAUAAUAAUCGCAAAGCUUUCAAUACUGAAUACUUCAAUGUUUAAUGUAUUUUUAUGUCCUGAUGUUUAUUUUUGGGAGAAAUUUUAGCGCAUGAAGUUGGAGAAAUCAAUCAGUUAUUUAUGUUUAUAGUACUCUGGUUUUGGACUUGUGCUUGCAAAUGAUACUGGGACUAAGUCUAAGUUUUUCAUUUAUUUUUUCUCAGCCUUUUUAAAUUGGGCAAAUGCUUUUCUUACUAAUAUUUAGUCACUUCAUUGAGCUGAUGAUCAGGUCUAAUCUCACCCUUUCUCUGUCUAUAUACAUAUAUAAAUUUAUAUGGUAUAUGUUCCCCCCUUUUUUUUUUCUUUUUUCUUCUAUUAUUGUAUUUUAUAAGAUUAGAAAUGAGUAGAAAUUUUCAUGAAUUCUAUUUCUUUGGGUAAUGCCUUUUAUUGGUUUCUUUCUGUUCAUUAUGUACCAGGGUAAAUGAUUAUCAAAUGGGCUUUUCUUAUUCAUUUAUAUAUUUAUGUUUUGAAUUAUUUGGAUGUAUGUGUUUUAACUUUUUCUUCCUGGGGUUGGGGUGGCCUGAAUGGGAUUACAUUUUU